CAUCCAACAUGGCUAUCAGUGAAAUCGUCGCCGAUGAGUCGCUCUUACCAGUGCUUCAGACCAGCGCUGAGACUCUGGUCCAGUGUCAGCACCUCCUCACCAUCCUAAACCCCGAUACCCUGCCCAACGAUGACGCCAAGCUCCGAGAAUUAUCCUUAGCUGCGUCCAAGCAACAAAAGCUCUUAUUCGCGCUAUUGGCCCAACUCCGCGGGCAGAACCGGGAUGCCAUCUUUCGCGUGCGCGACACCAAGCAGUCAACUGCAGAAGCUCGACAGGAAAUCGACCGGCUACAUCUUCAGCUUCAGAACUUGUACUAUGAACAGAAGCAUCUGACAGGUGAAAUUGCGGCUUGCGAGGCUUAUGAUCACAAAUACCUAUCCCUCCCUUUGAUCCCGGUCGAAGAAUUCUUGGAGCUUCACCCCGAACAUCGCGAGUCCAGCGAACAUGACCUCAUGAUCGCCCGCAUCGAACAUGAGCAUGUUGAACGAGAAAAGCUGGAGCAAGCGCGACAAGAGCUUUUGAAGCGCAAGCAGGGCUUGAUCGCAGAGAAUAAGAAAAGGAAGAAUGAUCUUGCCAACCUUGACCAAGAUCUCGAAAAGUUCAUUGAUGCUGCUAAGCCGAUUCAAAAGAUCUUCGAGAAGGAAUACUAGACAUUGCAUGUGGAGGUACAGCGGUGGAGCGCUGGCAUUUUGACUGCUACAUUGGAUCGGCGUUACUGGUCAAUAUACCCUUGUUUUUUUUGUGAUUUCAAAGUACUUCGAGUCGAUAAUGAC